UAAAUGUCAAACUCAAAACUUAAUUGGGAUUUGGGGAUGCAUACAAAUUACAAAUUAUCUAAACAGAGUAAUUGCUAAUUUCCUAAAAACCUUCUGUCGCCGAGUAACGUGGGAUAGCUUCUCUCUAGGGCUUCGGCCGCUUGGAGUCUUUUUCCGUCUUCGAUUUUAAUCGAAGGACGGCCGCUUUUUCCGUCUUCGAUUUUAAUCGAAUGAUGGCCGCUAUUUCCGUCUUUGAUUUUAAUCGAAGGACGGCUGUUGUUGUUUGUGCUUCGUCCUCGAAGGGCGGAUGUGCUGUCAUGGCUCGAGGAGAUCGGCGUUGUGGUCAAGGUUCGAGGAUGAUGCGUUGCUGUCGUCAUUGGAGAAGAUCGGCGCCGCCUAUCCGUUUACUCUGGUUGCAUGGGGCAGAGAUGAGUUUGGUUAUGCAGGGACGGAGGAUUGAUGCAUGGCCUUUGGCAGCCAAAGGUCACGGAGUAUCAAUUAGCAUGGUACCGGUGGUAAGACCUCCUCCUGAACCACCACCAUGGGAUGGACGAGGUGCUAGAGUUCGUGAACGCUUUUCUUGUAGUUUUUAUCUGUUUGUUAUUUGUUUUCUUGUGUCCACUUUUGUUGUUGGUUUUGACAGUUUGUUUGAGUUUUUUGUCUGUCUUUAUGUCAUUGAGUAUGGUUGGAUCUAUGGGAAUAAGUUUGGUUGUGUCAAGCCCACUACAUGGUUAGCGAUUCGUGUUGCUCUCUCAGGGGUGACCGUCUCAAAGUCUCACCAUAGGGUUACAGUCGUAGUUGUUGAAGUUUCAGUUGGUGUCAGUUUUAUUUUCCUUUUGCUUGAUGUAAUGAUCCCGAAUCUUUUGAUAUGAAUAGAGGCCCGUUUGAUGAUAUAAAAAAACAUAAAUCUCAC